AGCCGUAUAGGCAUUUGACCGAAUGUGGAUUAGCGUGGACAGAAGGUAAAGCCACGGGAUUGUGGCCACAUGGCCUUCAUGGCCUUCAUGGCACUUUCCAUGGCCAUGGCACUUGCAGCACAGCCGCUUGCAGGACAGCCCAUAGAAUGCGAUGACGAUUCGUGCCAUAUUUCCCAUUUGCAAUUGCAGGUCGCUGUUGGUGUUCCAAAUGCAACGAAUUGGACUGCACUGGGCGGCGUGUGCGUUGCCGAGCUGCCUGAAGAGUACCAGACACAGCCUAUCUCUGAUGUGUUAGAAAAGCACCCCGAAGAGGACGGAUGGUGCGUGUUUGGUGCGGUGGACCCAUGGAUCAGCGGUUGUGCAGCGUGCCACAAGCUGCGAGACAUGCAGCCCUACUUCGAAGUUUAUACGCAGGAAACUGCGGUCCCCAUCAAGGCGGACGCCACGCCCAAGACGCUCCGCUUUCCCAAUGGUUCGCUGCUGACCAUUCGUGACUACACCUACCCAAUCGUGGACAUCUAUUGCUACCUGAACGGCUACUACGACAUGCCCCGCAAAAGGUUGGUGAAGGAUUAUGACUACGUUGAGAAGAUAUCGGAAGCACAAUGUGCAAGUGUAGAAUGGCAGAAUUCUGAUUUGUCAAUGCAGGGCAUGUUCGCUCAAUAUCUGCAUGAAUCCGAGAUUUUGGCCAGCCUGAUGACUGAGAAGGGCAUCUCUGAUGUGAACCAAUCACUGGUGAACAGUAUACAAUCGCACUUCGUAGUCAAGUGUUUGUUGGGAAGAGGUCACGGAGCCAUUUGUGACAUUCCGGAGUGUUCAUGGAGGGGUUGCGUGUCGCGCGCCGGUGGUGAGGUCAUCGUGAAGUACACUUCCCUUGGGGAAUGUCCAGAGCUGUAAGACGUCGCUGUAAGACGUCCAGAGCUGAAUCGACUAUAGACGUCAUCGAGAGAAUCUCUUCCAAAACAGUUUCACCACACAUAGACUCAG